CUCUCACUGCCCUACAGCCCCCAACCCCUCCGCCCACCAAACACCAACCUCUUGUUCCCCGGACCCUCUCCACAGCCCCGCCGGAUACCGUCUCCUCCCAGCUCCCCACCUCCCACGAGGAGGUCACCCCAGACCAUAGCUCCACCAGAUUCUACCUCCCCCCAUCACCCUACAGCCCCACCAAACAUUGCCCUUUCUCAACACCUGGUGGCUCCACCCGAUCAUGCCCUUUUCCCUCUCACAUCGCCCAGUAGCUCCACUGAAUACUCCUUCCUGACACUGCUCCUGUACCCCAUCGUUGUUUCCCCGCAAGCUCGGCUUUACUCCUGUCUCACUGGUCUUUCUUUCAGUGUCACAGCAAUGGGCUCGUGCUCUGUUCCCGUGUCCUUCAAUUAACUACCCUAUUUCCCUCACAAUCUAAUCUUUUCAUCUUAACUCAAUAUUACCAACGCUCUGAAGAAAUAAAAAUUUUGUUUUGACUGGAUUUCAAAAAACACCCCACAUACCCGUAAAUUUGCUCUCUGUCCUCAGGCUAACUGUUGGGCCUGACACUUUCAUACAAGUUUCCCUAUAAAAGCAAAUAAUUGUUGUUUAAUUUUACUGAAAUGUGGGCUGAGGAGGCACGUGGUAUCAAGAACAAGUCCUCCAGUAUAGGGAACUGAAACAACAUGGGGAAUUGAUCAAGAAAACACACACCUAAAUGUACAACUGCUAUCAAAAAUUCUCACAUCUUGCCCCCUUGAGACUGAAUCCCUGAUCCUGGUCAAGAUCAAGAGAGGUUGUAAUGAGAAUCAGAUCUUAAUUGUACUUGAAUUCAUAAAGUCUUAUUUAUCUGGUCCUCCAGUAGGAUUGAUAAGUGCAGAUACCUGCUUCUGUGUGGAGCUCUAUUAAAGCCACUGGGGCUGUUUGGAGACACAGGUGUUCCCCCUUACGGAUCUGUGCAGGAUUGGAACCUAAUAAAUUGCAUUUCCGGUAAUAGCUUUCAGCAAUUGCUUCUACUGUGAACUUUAUAAGUGUUAGUACAGAUGAGAUAGAAAUGUUUUCAGCACUGUUUCAGAAAGUGAAGUCACAAGCACCCUUUGAUGUGGUAUUGAAAAUAGUUUUUUCCUCACUUCAGUAGCACUUAAACCAUUUUUGUAUCAGGUCUGGGGAAAUACUUGCUGAAAACCAGUGUUGGCAACUCAACUCGGUAUUGUAAAAAAGGCUUUAAUCUUGACACUGUUAAGGAGUAUAGUCAAAGUCUGAGAAUGAUAUUUUAGAUCAUAACUUGCAGACUUUCAAACCCCAGCUGUAUGACCUGACACAAUAGCUUCUGACACCUUUUACAACCCCCAAAGGAGGUACAUAACAAAUUAGUGAAGUUGAAAGCUUGAAAUAACAUAGGUUUCUUUUCUUUAAAAGAGUGAAGACUUCUCCAACCUCAGAUUCAAGGUUUUGCUUCUCUGAUAACUAAAUUUACAAGAAGUGGUGAGAUAAGUGGGUCUUGCUGGGAUGGAGAAUCCUAAGACAGAGCUGAAUGAAAUCACCAUAAGCCCUUCCCAGUGCCCUAAAGUAAACGUGGAUGUGUUGCAAAUGGAGCAGGAGUUAAGCUUCAGGAAACUAGUAGAGAGUUCAGAGUGUCCAGAACAACUGAAAUACGACUUCAACAAAAAUGGUGAACUGAAGCAUCUAGAUACCAAUGAGCCCUUUGUCUUUAAUUAUUACAAAAAUGCACAUGAGAGUAACCAUAAACGCUAUCAAGUUCUGGGACACCUUAUUACACAAUAUGUUUAUGAGCUCCUGGAAAGAGUCUGCAAGCUUCAGAAAGUCCACAUCCCAACAGAUGCUACAGAAGAUGAACCCAGGAGUUUCUUUUUCAUCAGCGAGAAAGCAUUAACGAAUUCCUCAAGCCUAAUCGUGCUCCUACAAGACCGUGGAGUCUUUCGGGCUGGUCAAUGGGGGCUGAAGACCAUAAUCCAUGAGGGCCUGGACCAUGGAACUCAAAUACCAUUCAUUAAAACAGCCCUUCAAUGCUAUGGAGGAGUGAUUGUUUUAAAUCCCAAUGACAAUUUCAUUGAUCUGAAGAUGGAAGAUGAGUGGUUAAGUUUAUCUACCAAGGAAGAAUCUUCCACUGUAAAUUCCUCCUGGUGGAUCCCAAAGAGGUGCAGCAGCAGCUCCGAAGAGCACACCAUUUAUAUUUGGGAUAAUUUUAUUUCAAAGAGCGCAGCCAAGAACGUGGCCUUCAUUGCCCAUGGCUAUGGAGGCUUGGUUUUCAUCAACCUGCUCAUUCAGAGAACAUGGGAAGUGAUGAAUAAAGUGUAUUCUGUGGCACUUAUUGACUCCAUGCACCACACGUUACACCAGGUGAAAAAUAAUCCACAAGUGCAAGAAUGGAUACAGAAACAUUGCCGUGAAUGGGUAACAAACAGUAAACCUCUAGAUAGACCCACAGGUUCCCUUGUGAAAGUGGACUGUCCUACAGUCUCUGCUGGGACCGAAAAAUACAGUUUAGCACCAUCUUCCACCUUACAGGCCAUUUUCAAGUACCUGAAGAGCACACUGAAAGCUAAGAACACAGUAACUUUAUCUCGUUCUCCUAUUGUAACAAGGAGCAGUAAAAAUAAGAAGAGAGGCAAUACAUGCUGAAGUAUUUUUCAGGACUCUUCUCCCUCUUUAAAACCAUUCCAUGGAAGCUUGAAACUGAAGCUGCCAUGUUGGUUUCCUUGCACUGCAGAGUGAUUUAUAUUCCAUAAGGGUGGUAUUGUGUUUCUGAUUUUGAUUGUUGUUGAAAAACUAAUUGGGAGAACAAAUAAAGUUAUCACCAAACAUUAGAAAAGUUUGGUCUUUU